AAAGCCUUAAGGCGGAUAAAAGGGGCGGAGCGAAAUAAGAAGAAGUAAGACGAAGGAAGAGCCAAUAACGGAAAGCCCCACACCAACAGAAAAACGCCUCGAGAGAAGACCGUCGGCGUCAUGUCUCAAGUAUCACACUCGGAGGCAGAUACACAGAUUAUGUGAAAAGUCAUCAAAAAGAAAAGAGUCGAAGUACUACGCGGAUUAAAAGAGCUCAGACGUCUGCCAGAGCAGGUUUAUCAACAUCUGAAUAAACAAGUCUGAGGAACAUCCCGGCAUGGACUCCAUGGACCACAACGCGACUGCCCUCGAGCUAUUCGUGAAGUAUGAAAAUAAAUCUUGCAAUGUGGACUCUUCAUUCCGAUACAUCACCUUCACUGUUUUUUACAGCCUCAUUUUUAUUGUUGGGGGAAUUUCAAAUUGUUAUGUCCUCUGGGUUUUCACUGACAUGUACCCUAUAAAGGGCAUGAACGACAUUAAGAUCUACAUGAUCAAUCUCACUCUUGCUGACUUACUGUUUCUAAUAAUUCUACCUUUAUGGAUUUAUUAUUACCAUAACCUGGGAAACUGGAUUCUUCCUUCUUUCCUCUGCAAUUUAUCAGGCUUCUUGUUCUUUGUUAACACCUACUGCUCAGUAGCUUUCCUCACAGUGAUAAGUUACAAUCGCUACCAUGCAGUCACCAAACCCUUGGAAGCUGCACAGUCCAGCCCAAGGUUUCGCGGACUGAUCAUUUCUUUGAUUAUCUGGCUUGUCAUAGCAGCCAGUGCGUCCCCUUACCUCUUUAUGGAGAGCCUGAAUGCGGAUGGCUCUAAGAUGCGGUGCUUUGAGGGCUACACCUCCAAUGAGAUAUCUGUAGCGAUCACUCACUUGAUCAUCAUCGCCUUGUUUUUCAUCGUCUUCAUCCUCAUCAUUUUCUUCAACUUGCUGAUCAUAAGGACUCUUCUGUCCCAGUCGGUGCAGACUCAAGUGGGGAACAGAGGGGCGGUAAAGCAGAGGGCAUUGUGGAUGGUGUGCGCUGUCUUGCUCGUCUUCAUUAUUUGUUUCGUUCCCCAUCACCUUAUUGACGGUCCUUGGACGAUGGCCGUCUUGGGCCUCUGGAAGAAAGGGGACUGCAGUCUUCUUCAGUCACUCAAUGAUCUCCACCAGGUCACGCUCCUGCUCAUGGGUCUGAACUGCACCCUGGAUCCCAUCCUCUACUGUUUUGCCACCAAGAAAUUUCGGCGGCACCUCACAGAACGAAUUCGCAACAUGGGAAGCCGAAAAUGCUCCAAAAGCACCACUAUUUCUGGCAUCUCGUUUGAAAAUCACACCAAUGGACAUCCAUUAUUCAUGGAGAAUCUGGCAAACGAAUAACAGAGACGUGAGCAUGUUUAAUUUUAAAGAGUCUCUGAAUGAAAAUUUACGCAGAUUCAUAAUUUUACAGUAUAAGCAAUGAUGGAAAACUUGUUCCAAAAACUCAGGGAAGGUUAAAAAUCUCCCUGAUACAUAACUGGGAACUACUUUUCCUUUUAGUUUUUUCUUUUGUGUUACCAACAAAGGUGAAGACUUGACUUCUGAGUUGAAAAUGUGAACAACAGAUAGCAUUCUUCACAUGUUGUUUGAUUAUUAAAGAAGGAAAGUGAAACGCAACAUUGAAAAUCUAGAUGAUGAAGAGGUUUGGCUGAAUUGUCAUUACUCUUCCAUCCAUUCUCUGGGCCCAUUUUGUCCAUGUCACUAGAGGUCCAGUAGCCAUGGCAGAAGAAUGGCAGGGGCAUCUCAAAUGCAAUGGCACACGCUCUCUGGCUAUGGAGAACCACCAGUCAUUUUAACAGGGUGACUUUGAAUGGCGGGAGAAAACCCAUAAGCAUACUCUGAGAACAUACAAACUGCACAUAGGGUCUGCCAGCCCAUUAAAGUGGUAGUGCAUGUAUUGCACUGUUCGUUGUGCCUCUUCAUUUUCAUAAUCAUUCCAUAAUUUUCUGACCUUGUUUUUGUCAAAAAGAAGGUCACGGACACCUAGAGUGAUCUUGAAGGUAUCAGACAGGAAUGAACACUGGAGGAGUUGGCAGGCCUUUGCGGUAAGCCCACUCACAAACACAGGGAGAAGUUGGGGUCUUGGAGAUGUUGGAUGAAACCUGCAAGAAAUGUGCAAACUCCAUACAGGGAGUGAAUGAACUGGAAUUCAAACUCUGAUCUCAAAAAGUAGCGUUGACCAUCUGACACCACCAUGCUCCUCAUUCAUAAUCAUGAAAUGUACAUAAAAAUGUAUAUAAGUGUACUUUUAUAUUUAAAGACUCAUUAAAAAAAAUUAUAUGUGAAAGUGGAAAUAAAAAUGCCAAAGAACUGAGGGGUUUUUCUGAGGGGUACUUAGGCUGUAAAGACUGACAGUGCAAAGCUUCUAUUUGAUGAAGCUCACAAGAGUGACCAGAAAUGAAACAAAAGAUCACAAUAAAAUGACCAGUUUAUCACACGCAAGCUUUUCCUUGGUUCUUAAUUUAGUUGUUAAAGCGCUUUGUGGUAGCUGUAAGGCGCUAUAUAAAAUAAAAAAUAUUGAAGUACAGAGACAGCUUUUGACAGCUCAGCUUAUCUGAUGAUAACCUUCCACACCGUGAGCUUUAUAAAGCUUCAAGAAUAGCCAGUGUUGAUUUAUUGUACUGAUUUUUUUCUGUAAUUCUUUGUUAUUUCCAUGUUGCCAGAAUAAAAGCCUUGUGUUAGUGUUACACAGAA